UACAAAGAGAGUAAACUACACAACGCUUUUGUCUGUCCGUUGAUACUCUCCGACUUUACUACUCUGAGAUAGAAUGUCCUAACACAGCCAGUAACGGCCUUAUCAAGGGCUACACAAAGGAUAGGAAACAUUAAGCUGCUCAACAAGGUGCCGCUGAAUAGUUUGUCAUUUAAACAGUAUUAGUGUGAUCUGCUGAACUCAACUCUUUGUGCGUCAGAGGAAGAAGUGAUAACUGCUGUGCGUGCAGCAGUCAGGAGGACUGACUCAAGGGAUUUGACCGAAACCAAUGUGCAGCCCGUGCUUCUGCUUUACAGGAGAACAGCCCUGGUGGACUCAUCUCCUGCGUCUCCCCUCCGUAGGUCGGCUGCUGCCAUGUCUCCGCUCGGCGCUCUGCUGCCGCUGGUCUUGGUGGCGGCGUGGUGCUCCGUGGGCGAGGCCGACGUUGGGGAUUUCGCCCCCUGCCUGCAGGUCUUCUACAAGUCUUGGCCCCCUAAAGGUCUGACGGGGUCCCCCGUCUGCCAACGAUAUCACAACGAGUACCGCUUCGCCACGCUGUACAGCCGGCCGCGCCGCUCGCCGUGGUUCUCGGCGUAUUUGUACUCUGCGCCAGCGGGAAAGAGGCCCACCCCUUCCUGGAUGUUCGAGCCGCAGUUGGCCAACCCAGGAGCCGAGGGCAACAUGAUCCCCUUCCCUUCGGGCCCUCUGGAUCAGAACGUGGUGGAGAGCCAGGCGGUGGAGCCGGACUACAUCAACUCCACCUACACCCGCGGCCACCUGAACCCCAGCCUCCACCACCAGAUGCACCAGGACCGCGCCGCCACCUUCACCCUCACCAACGUGGUCCCCCAGAAGGCGGGCUCCAACGACGGGCCCUGGGAGGACCUGGAAAACAACGUCAACAAAAGCCUGGCGACCUUCUGCCUCGGGGAGGCUCACGUGGUGACCGGCGUCAUCCCGUACCGCAGCGACGGCCACUGGCUGGGGGACCGCCGCGUGGCCGUGCCCGAGUACAUGUGGUCCGCCUACUGCUGCCCGGACUACAACCACAGCCUGCCGCAGGAGCUGAGGGAGGCCUUCCCCACGCACGCCGCCAUCGGACGCAACGACCGCAACAGCACCGAGGAGAUCGUUCCCGUCAGCCGGGAGGCGAAGAAACAGUUCAGGGGUUACGACGUGAGAAGAAUGUCUCUGAAAACCCUGGAGGAACAUCUGAAGGAGCGACUCGGUGCUGACAUCAGCGUCUUUCAUGAGCAGUGCUCGGGAUCAGACUGACACCAACACGUUCUCAAUACAUUAUUACAGCGCUAUGGUCUCACGAUGCUAAUCCUAAUAUAAUUUAAUUAAGUUGAAGUACAGUGCAAUGCAAAGUGUGUAUGUGUAGCACAUUUUACUAUUACUAAGUAAUUACAAACAUGUAUGAUAUUAACCAUUCUCAAAACUAGCUCAGCUCUACGGGGCCAAAUAGUUCAUUAAAAUUAUUACAACUAUUGAGUAAUUCUGAUAAAAAAACAACAAUAAAAACAAUAUAUGCAGGCAAACAAAAAAUAUCAAUACAAUUUUGGACGAUAAAAGUUAAAUAUGAAGGUGGAGCCAUGUGACGUUGGCUUAGCGUAGCAUAGCAUAGCAUAAACACCAUAGCCUGGCUGUGUAAAACUAGUUUUUUAACACUUUGGUUUUCAUACUGUUCACCCAGUCUUCAUGCUAAGCUAAGCUACUGGCUGUAGCUUCAUAUUCUCUCUUUUACAGGUGCCCGUUUUCUAAUCUAAUUGACUGCAAGAAAGUGAACAAGAGAACUCUAAAUCUUCUUUUUUCGAUCCUUUGAAACCGGCUCUUUUUAACCUCGGGUUCACCUUGAACCGCGCGGUGACGCCAGAGGAGAAGGUUGGGUAUCCUGAAGCCUCCCAUGUUCGUGGUGACCACCAGGUGGUGACCUUGUGACACACAUGUUCUGCACAUGUUUCAACAGUAACACCGGACCUCCAACUCAUCAUGUAUCUUCCAUGUUUCUACCAAAUAAUGUGUUUAAUCUCUGGUUCUGUAUUUGAAACAGUGUCUUCAUAAAUAUCUUCAUCGUUUUUGUAAUAAUCA